ACACUAGACAAGACACAACAGUGCAGUGACUAAUUUCAGGAAUUUAGUAUUUAUAAUCAAUUUAAAAUUUAUUUUUAUCCAUAGUUCUUCAAAGAUUUUUCGUUAAAAAGAUCUAAAGAUUCCAUAUUGUUACCCUGUGAUAUUCGUGUGUAUUAUUUUCUAGUCUUAAAUAUCAGUGUAAUGAAUGUUCCGUGACGAUACAACAUUAUUUGUGUAUUUCCUUUCAGUGAGAUAAGAACAACGAUAUGAGAUAAUUUGAAGGACUUCUGUCCUUUGGAUCACUUCAUUUAAUGGAAAAUAAAUUUUGAACUAGAAUGUGUUAUAUUAUUAUUAUAAUAUGAACUGAGAAACUAAUCACAAUGACUGAAAGCAUACCAGCUCUAACAGCUCCAAUCUCCUUGUCAACAUAUCAUCAGCUGAGCCUCACAGUUGAGUCAGCAAGCAUAAAAAAUUCUGGACUCUUUAAACCCAAUCCAUACUUGCAAGUGGUGAUAGAUGACAAAAUAUCAAGACGAACUGAAGUCAUCAAAAGUACUUUACACCCAAAAUGGAAAGAAGACCUCACAGUGCUUGUUACACCACAAUCACAGCUACUGUUCCGGCUUGCAGAUUAUCACAGCUUUAGGAAAGAUAAUAUUAUUGGAGAAAAAAGAAUUAAUUUGUUAAAAGUCCUGUUAUACUGCAAUGGAAAAUGUGAUAAUGUGGAGCUGACUAUAGAUUUAAUGAAGACUGCGUCUCAGGAAAACACUUCUAAUGUAAGUGGGGAAGUUAAGUCAGCUGAGUUAGUGAUACUUCUGGAUGGCUUAAGGGUAGAUCCUUCUAUACUAAGUCAGUCUCAUGAAUUACUGGGAGAGAGCACCAGCUCUAGUGGUCCUCUCAAUGAGGGGGUUCGAGCUAGAAUUAGGAUCAGAAGCAAUCCGGAGGUAAUGAGAUCUAUGGGACGCCCACAGACAUUAAGGCCUCCGCCGGGUCCUCCCCCGCUCAGUAACGGCACGCUGCAGCACGGCGGGCCCAGUGGGCUUCCCGGCCCGGCAGGCCCUCCGCCUAGCGCGAGCGCUGCGCCCGCUACCACGACGGCUGACAGCGGCGCCGGCCCGUCACACGCGGACGCCGAGCCCGCCGCGCCCGGCCUCGCCGUGGUCUACGCUAACUCUGCUGAGGAGCCACUGCCAGCGGGCUGGGAGAUGCGUUAUGAUGUCUAUGGCCGAAGAUAUUACGUGGACCACAACACGCGGUCGACGUCGUGGGAGCGGCCGCAGCCGCUGCCGCCGGGCUGGGAGGUGCGGCGCGACCCUCGCGGGCGCGUGUACUACGUGGACCACAACACGCGCACCACGACGUGGCAGCGCCCCGACACGGAGCGCCUGGCGCGCUUCCAGCACUGGCGCGGCGAGCGCCGCCACGUGGUCGCGCAGGGCAACCAGCGCUUCCUCUACCCCAACCCGCAGCCGCCGCACCAGCCCGACUCCGACCAUGAUCUUAACGCUACCGGUAGCGGCGCAGCAGCCGGCACGAGCGUGGCCGUGGCGCCGAUCAGCAGCACGAGCGCGACUGCGGGCGUCCUGCCGGCGGCGGGCGGGGGCGCGGGCGGGGGCGCAGGCGGGGGCGCGGGCGCGCCCGGGCUGGCGGGCGCGGCCGGCAGCUCGCCCGCGCCCGACGACUCGCUGGGCGCGCUGCCCGCCGGCUGGGAGCGCCGCGUGCAGCCCGACGGACGCGUCUACUAUGUCAACCACAAGAAUCGCACCACGCAGUGGGAGGACCCACGCACACAGGGUCAAGAAGUGAGCGCCCUGGAGGAAGCUUUGCCACCAGGCUGGGAGAUAAGAUUUACGGAGGAAGGUAACCGUUACUUCGUGGACCACAACACUCGCACGACCACGUUCCAGGACCCGCGGCCCGGGGCGCCCAAAGGCCCGCAGGGCGCAUACGGCGUGCCCAGAGCUUAUGAGCGCUCUUUCCGGUGGAAACUUAGCCAAUUUAGAUAUCUCUGUCAAAGCAAUGCGUUGCCCAGCCACAUUAAAAUUACAUUGUCUCGGCAGUCGCUUUUUGAAGAUUCCUAUCACCAGAUUAUGCGAUUGCCUGCUUACGAGUUGCGCAGACGACUGUAUAUAAUAUUCCGAGGAGAAGAGGGAUUAGAUUAUGGCGGCGUCAGUCGAGAGUGGUUCUUUUUACUGUCGCAUGAAGUUUUGAACCCUAUGUACUGCUUAUUCGAGUAUGCUAACAAAAACAACUACAGCCUACAAAUCAACCCAGCCAGCUAUGUCAAUCCAGACCACUUGCUGUAUUUUAAGUUUAUCGGAAGAUUUAUAGCAAUGGCAUUGUAUCAUGGCCGAUUUAUUUACUCUGGGUUUACAAUGCCUUUCUACAAAAGAAUGUUAAACAAGAAACUUACCAUGAAAGAUAUAGAAUCCAUAGACCCCGAAUUCUACAACUCUUUAGUGUGGAUCAAAGAUAACAAUAUAGAUGAGUGUGGUUUAGAGAUGUGGUACAGUGUCGACUUCGAGGUGUUAGGACAAGUCAUACACCACGAGUUGAAGCCAUCUGGAGACAAGGAACGCGUCACUGAGGCAAAUAAGGAGCACUAUCUACAACUAGUGACCCAGUGGCGAAUGACACGUGGUAUAGAAGAACAAACUUCAGCAUUCCUAGAUGGUUUUAAUGAGGUUGUACCUCUUGAGUGGUUGAAAUACUUUGAUGAGCGCGAGUUGGAGUUAAUGCUGUGCGGUAUGCAGGAGGUUGAUGUUGAUGAUUGGCAGAGGAACACUAUUUACCGGCACUAUACGCGCACAAGCAAACAAGUCCUUUGGUUCUGGCAGUUUGUGCGUCAAAUGGAUAACGAAAAGCGAGCGAGAUUACUGCAGUUUGUGACCGGCACGUGUAGAGUUCCUGUCGGCGGAUUCGCUGAGCUCAUGGGAUCAAAUGGACCGCAAAGGUUCUGUAUAGAAAAGGUCGGAAAGGACACUUGGCUACCUCGUUCCCAUACCUGUUUCAAUCGGCUCGACUUACCACCAUAUAAAAGCUACGAGCAGUUAUGCGAAAAACUGAACUUCGCGAUAGAAGAAACUGAAGGCUUUGGCCAGGAGUAAUGUAAUUGUUAUAUAUUAUUGUUAGAAUCAAUGAAAUAGUUAUUGUAAAUUAUUAUUACAUGAAUGCACCACCUCAAAGUGAGGAAUUCACCAAUGGAAUUGGUGCUGUCAUUAAAAGACCAACCAAAUAAUUAUAUGAAUAUAUUUGUAAUAAAUUAAUUCUAUAUGAUAAACAUAUGUAGAUAUUGUUAGUGUAAUAUGUCGGUUGUUUAAGAAGUAUUUGUUUGAACUACAUUUAAAACAAAGUUCUUCUAAAAGUUCAUUAAAUAAUUUUUAAACAGAG